CCUUUUCCAUACCGCUGCUGAGUCUAAAGCGGUGAAAGUAUGUCUGGGAAGCCAGAUCCAAAGGCGAAGAAGGCGCCUGCGGCGGCAAAGACUGCUGCCAAGGGCGCCUCCACUGUUGCAAAGGGUGAUGCUGCCGUCGCCAAGAAGGCGCAUGCCCCGCGGAACCAGAAGCUGCCUGGUGGCGUGUGGCUCUUCUCCCGCUCCAAGAUGUUCCACAAGCGGGGCCUCUUCAAGGUGAAGCACGCACCAGUCCCCAAGGAGAAGCGAAAGCGCAAGAAGCGUGUCCACGUCAAGAAGAUCAAUGGUGAUAACAAUGGCGGCAAGCGUGUUGUGCACAUCAAGAAGGAGCGCCGCUCCUACCCUACGGAGGACAGCCCCCAGCACAAGAGGACCACCCACAUGAAGCCCUCCUCGCUGCGAAUUGCUAAGCUCCGCAAGAGGAUCACCCCAGGCACCGUCCUCAUCCUUCUGGCUGGACCCCACCGUGGCAAGAGGGUAGUUUUCCUGAAGCAGCUCAAGACGGGCCUGCUCAUGGUGACCGGUCCCUACGGCAUCAACGGCUGCCCUCUGAGGCGCAUCAACCAGAUCUACGUGAUCGCCACCAGCACCAAGAUUGACAUCUCGUCAGUCAAGCUGCCCGAAAACCUCGACGACCGCUUCUUCAACCGACCAAAGUCGGUCAAGAGGCGAAGUCGCAAGGACGAGGGCGAGAUCUUCGACACGAAGCCACAGGUGCAUACUUUCCCUUUUUAA